AUGAAGUCCUUUUCCAGUUCUGCGAUUAAAGUUCGCCCCAAAGGCGCCCGUCCGUCGUGCGCCAGCUGCCCCCCCGCCAGACGCCCCAGUGUCGCUCAACAAUCGUCGGCCGAACCUCCUCAAGCAGAAAAGUCCAAAGAUGUAGCUGCUUCUGAUGUGACGCCUUCUGUGGCAGGAGAUCCAGGAGUGUCUACAAUCACAAAGGAGUCACCGGUGACAGUCGCUGCGCCAACCGCGGAACAAACCCCCACUGCUGUGAACACUGCCACCAUUCCCCCGAUUGCUACUGCUGUCACUGCUCCCAUCUCUACGCCCAUUUCCACACCUAUCGCUACGCCCGUCGCCACACCUAUCGCUCCACCUACUGACAAGCCAACUCCGAUCUCAAAGCCGACUGCCAUCUCGAAACCAACUCCUAUCCCAAGGCCAGCUGCCAUUUCAAAGCCAACACCCAUUCCAAAACCCACUGCAGUUCCUCGUCCUCAGAAACGCAGAGAUUCUCUUUCGCAACCCGCGCCUGUCUCGUCCGCUCCGCCUACCCCGCCUCUCACCCAACCAACCCCAUCUCCCAUCGACACUCUCACAACUGACGCCAAACCUGCAUCUUCGGUGGAUCAUGGAACAGAGAAAGCUCUUUUAGAAUAUGCUAGGGUCGAAACAGCGCGGGCCGCCGGAACCCUCGUCGAUUCGAAUGAGCCUCUCCCACAACCUGAAACCGAACAAACUGCACCAGCUGAGGGCCCCCCGGCAAAACGCGCUCGAAAGUCAUCGGCUACGGCUAUUGCGGCCCCGGCUCGAAAGAAGUCCGUGUCUGUUGCAGCAAGCCGCCGAGGUUCUCAGUCAGUUGUAGCUACCAUUGAAAGUUCGAGCGCAACACCGAGUGGAUCCAACGUCUCGACCCCGGAUCCAACAAAGCCGAAGAAACGGAAAUACUCCAAGGCUGGGACUUCAGACAUUGAUGAGAAGCCGAAGCGAACCCGCAAGAAGCGCGAGCCCACUCCGGAAGGUGCAGAGACGGUGGAAAUCUUGCCGAACGUCGUCAAGAUGUCAGAGCUUUGCAAAGAUCUCAGAACCGGAAAGAAGUCCAAGCGCGAGGAAGAGCUGCGGAAGAUUGAUCAGGCUGAAGAAGAACGGAAAAAGCAAGGCGGAACUCCUGCACCAGGAACAUCCAUCAAGGAAAACGAACCAGAACAAGAGAAAGCCGAACAACCGGUCGACUGGAAACCGCAGUCAGGUCCUAUCAUGCGAAUUGUUAACGGCGAGAUCGUGCUGGAUAAUACGUCCUUGCAGGUCGAUCGUCAUGCGGAUGCCGCCCGAGCUGCCGGCGAUCUUGAAGAUGUAGUGGAAACUUCGUUCACCCGGAAGAUUAACCAAGCGACAUACGGCAAGCGUUCAAAGACCGAAGCAUGGGAUGAAGAGAUGACAGACUUGUUCUACCGGGGUCUUCGCAUGUUCGGUACCGAUUUCAUGGUUAUCAGCAAAAUGUUCCCGGGACGAUCUCGUCGACAGAUCAAGCUGAAGUUCAACAAUGAAGAGCGCCGCGAUCCGCAACGAAUCAAGGAUACCCUACUUGGUCCGCGUGAGACUAUCGACAUCGCUACAUAUUCGGAAAUGACAAACACUGUCUACGAUGAUCCUAAGAUUGUUCAACAAGAACUUGAUGAUGAAAAGAAGCGAAUUGAGGCCCAGCACGCCAAGGAGAAGGAAUUGCAGGAGGAAAUUCUGCGCAAUCCGACUGGUGGCGACGCCACAGACGCCAAGAACGACAAUACUAUUGUGAAGAAGUCGCGCAAGAGGGCGAAUGCAAAGAUUUCAGGCGGAACGGAGGAGGUUCUGGGGUCCAUUGAUGAUUUCCCAAUGGCAUAA